AUGAACAAGAGGUCUUUCAAGUAUGCCUGGGUGCUUGACAAGCUCAAGGCUGAACGUGAGCGUGGUAUCACCAUUGAUAUUGCCCUGUGGAAGUUUGAGACCACCAAGUACUACUGCACUGUUAUUGAUGCUCCUGGACAUCGUGAUUUCAUUAAGAAUAUGAUUACUGGUACUUCCCAGGCUGACUGUGCUGUUCUUAUCAUUGAUUCAACCACUGGUGGGUUUGAGGCUGGUAUUUCUAAGGAUGGACAGACCCGUGAGCAUGCUCUUCUCGCUUUUACACUUGGUGUGAAACAAAUGAUCUGCUGCUGUAACAAGAUGGAUGCUACAACACCCAAGUACUCCAAGGCAAGGUACGAAGAAAUUGUUAAGGAAGUCUCUUCCUACUUGAAGAAAGUUGGGUACAAUCCUGACAAGAUUCCUUUCGUGCCCAUCUCUGGUUUUGAGGGUGACAACAUGAUUGAGAGAUCCACCAACCUUGACUGGUACAAGGGACCAACCCUCCUUGAGGCCCUUGACCAGAUUUCGGAGCCCAAGAGGCCCACGGACAAACCACUACGUCUCCCACUUCAGGAUGUCUACAAGAUUGGAGGUAUUGGUACUGUCCCUGUGGGUAGAGUUGAAACUGGUAUCCUAAAACCUGGUACGGUUGUUACCUUUGGUCCAAGUGGGCUGACAACUGAAGUUAAGUCUGUUGAAAUGCAUCAUGAAGCCCUCUCUGAAGCCCUCCCUGGUGAUAAUGUUGGCUUCAAUGUGAAGAAUGUUGCUGUUAAGGAUCUUAAGCGUGGUUAUGUUGCAUCUGACUCAAAGAAUGACCCUGCCAAGGGAACUGAGAGCUUCACAUCUCAGGUCAUUAUCAUGAACCACCCAGGUCAGAUUGGUAAUGGUUAUGCUCCAGUUCUCGAUUGCCACACCUCCCACAUUGCUGUCAAAUUUGCUGAGCUCCUGACCAAGAUAGACAGGCGUUCUGGUAAAGAGCUUGAAAAGGAACCCAAAUUCUUGAAGAAUGGUGAUGCUGGGAUGGUUAAGAUGAUUCCAACCAAGCCCAUGGUGGUUGAGACUUUCUCUGAGUACCCCCCUCUUGGACGAUUUGCUGUGAGGGAUAUGCGCCAGACUGUUGCUGUUGGUGUUAUUAAGAAUGUCGAGAAGAAGGAGCCAUCUGGUGCCAAGUUGUCUUUGCCAUCUGGUUAUGGUUCCCAGAAUUGGGUGCUAGACAGGCGGUGGCGACACUGGCACGCGUUGCUAAUUGGAAAAAAAGGCCAUGAGCUGCUCGUUGAACACACUGCUGUGUGA